CCUUCUUCCAUUUUGCUGAUUUGGAUAAUUAUGGUGUUGUUUGUUUGGAACUGAAUGUUUUUAUCAAGUAUAUGUAGGAACUGCAUACUACUACGCUCAUUUCGUCUUUCAACCAACGGAGUAAAGCAUUCAUUUCUCAAUACAGAGCGUUUCUGUAACAUGGAGGAUGUGGAACCAGAGUUUAGAAUAAAAGCGUUUAACUUAUGCCGUGAAUAUAUUGGCGGUACAUGGGCUAAGCACAGUGUUAAGGAUUUCCAGAUUAUUCCCUUACGUGGUGGCGUUACCAACGAAAUUUAUCUUUGUUACCUUCCACUUGAACAGACAUCCGGCAACUACCUAACUUCAAGUGUGAACCAAAAUUGUGACAUCAUCAAAACUAAGAAACUGCUAAAGGAAGAACCUCGACAGGUGUUAUUGCGCAUAUUUGGUACCAUAAUUCGAGAGGAUGGUGAUGCUGCCUUGAGUGAUAGCAUCAUCUUUUCUUUGUUGUCUGAGAGGAAGCAAGCACCGAAGUUGUAUGGGGUCUUUCAAGAAGGAAGGCUUGAAGAAUACAUUCCUUCUAGAGCAUUACACACAGAUGAACUAAGUAAUUCUGAGAUAUCAAAGGAGAUUGCCAGAAAGUUAGCCAUAUUUCACCAACUUAGUCUUCCUCUGAAAAAAACGGCCACCAAACUCAAUGAGCAGAUCGAUAGAUGGGUGCAGCAAUUUACUGGAUUUAAUUCCGAGCCAUCAGCAAAGAAGCGAGAUGAUUAUGCAAGAUUUGCAUCAUAUAAUUUUGUAGAGGAAGCAGAAUUUGUAAAAAAACUUGUUUCGGAUUCCAAGAGUCCAGUUGUGUUUUGUCACAAUGACGCCCAAGAAGGCAACAUCUUGUACUGCGAAGGCAAAGACAGAUCUCAAUUUUCUCUUGUUUUGAUAGAUUAUGAAUAUGCUGGUUAUAGUUAUAGGGAAUAUGAUUUUGCCAAUCAUUUCGCCGAAUGGGCAAUCAAUAAUAAUACUGACCAGUAUCCGUACUACGCCAUUGAUAUGAGCAAGUACCCAACUGAGGAACAGCAGUUAGUAUUUUUCAGGUCUUACAUGGAAGCAGCUGGCAAACCUUGCAGUAAGGACGACGAGGAGUUAUUCCUUCGGGAAGUUUUCAGAUUUGCUGUUGUUACUAACUUCCGCUGGGCUAUGUGGUCAGUAGUUCAGGAGAAUUUAUCAACUACAGCUUUUGGUUUCUUAGAGUAUGCAGAGGAUCGCCUCAAAAUUUAUUCCGAGAUGAAGAAGGAAGUUCCGGCCAGGUUAAACUUCUUCAGCGAUUAAGUUUGAAAUCUGGGAAGGUCAAAUGUAGCACUGCAGUGGAAAGUAGUUCAGCAAAAUACUGUUACACUACUCCACCUUGUGUCCUUCUAUGCACAGUUUGAAUUAUGGAAGCUAUUUCGUUUAUAAAUGGGGUUGUGUUUAUAGUGCCUUAAAAUGUAAAUAGUGGUUGAAUUUCAUAAUUGUUUACAGUCUGUUUCAGCCAUGAGUUGCAAUGCAUUAUUGGUCUAAAUAUAGGUAGAGCCUCAUCAUCAUACACACUAUACUGGAGCUUUGAUUACGUAAAGAAGGUCACACCAUGUAUAUUGUUGUUAAGCACAUUGUACCCACAAUACACUGCCAUAAACAACAAUUUUAAUGUGCAAUGGGCAUGUUGAGGUGCUUAGAUCAAUUCUUUGGGUAUGUUUUUGUUAAUUUAAUCCCAUGGGUGUAGGCCUGGUAGAGGGGUUGCAGGGUAGUACGGGGGGCAGCAUAUGAGUUCCACUAUUUGUGGGUUAAAAUACCAAAAAUGACCAUUAAAUUGUAGAGAAUUCUGGGAUUUAGCUCCUCAAUGCCAUUUUUCACACCCUUCCACCCAGGCCGAUACCAGCCUACGCCCCUUGAUCUCCGCACACCUGCAUCUGUCGACCAUUAGCGACAAAUCCGUCCAUGCACUGUGUGAUAGAUAAAUUUCAUGAUUUCCAUAAGAGUUAACCCAUUUCAUAAUUUUACAUUCUCUACCCUCAUUUAAGGUAGAAAAAUUGGCACAUCUCAUCUUUCUGAUAUAACACAACAACUCAGAGAUAUUUUAAAAAUUAUUAAUUUUACAGUAGCCUUUGUGUAAAAUAAUUAUUCUCUUGUUUUUCAGGAUUAAGUAUCGGUCUCAGAUCUUAAAUUUUAUAAUUGUUAUUGCGGUGGUUACCAGAUUUCUCUUUUUGCAUUGUAUUAUUACUCUUCAUCCAGCUGGGAAUAAUUUAAAUUUGUGCAAUUGAUGCAAUAUCAAAAUAUGUCAUAAUAAUUGCCUGAGGUGCAAGUAUUUCUGAAUAGUAUUGGUUUCUUUUUACACAAUGAAAAAUAUGUACUACAUACAUACAGUAUUAUCAUUGGAAGCGGUUAGCACAGUGGUUGCUAUUCAUGUUCUUUACCUUGAGGUCGGGGUUCAAACCUUUGACUGUGCAUUUUGCUUGUGCAUGUCUUGGGGUGGCGGGGCCCAAGUAACUAUGACAAUUUAGGGGAUUCAAAGACUAUUUUAAACAAUUUAAGAUUCAACAGGUUUCCCGACCCACAACCCCACCCACUGGUACCACCUCUGGUGCAUGUCUGUUUAGUCAUUAAAAUAAGUGGGUAUGCUGAUUGAUUACAAUAUUAUGGACUUCCCUACAGUGAGCUAAGUAUGGUAUCAAUUCAGAAACUGGGGGGUAAUAGUGUAAAAGCCAAUAAAGGCCUGAUGUGCUACUGACAUCAUUAUUAUUCCUAUUAUUAUCAUUACCUUUGCCAAAGAAGGUUAUGUAUUAACCACUGUCUGUUAGCCUGUUAGCAAGGUUACGCAAAAACUAAUAAAAAAAUUUAGUGGAAUGGUAUGUAAUAUUCGAAGAAAGUGACAUUUCAAUUUUCGGAAUAAAAGAUAAAAAAAUCAAGGUCACAGAAAUUUGAUUUUUUACACUCGAACCUGAAAGAGAAUAGUGGAAUUGUCUCUCGUAUUCAGAUACAGGCGGAGGUAGGCUGUGGAAUUCCCCCGACCCCCUAGGGUAGUGUUGUCUCAUAGCCCUUCUAUUCAGACAUCUCUGGAUCUGUCCCUGAAUAAUGUGUUUGAAUGCGACAGACAAUUCCAUUGUAUUUUCUUGAAGGUAUGCUGCAGCACUCAAGAAAAUAAUAUGCCUGAAUACAGCGGGCAAUUCCAUUAUUUCCUUGAGGGUAUGCUGCUGUUUCGGCCACCAUACACAACCUGCGUAUUGGUUCGUAUACAGGCAGAGGAAUACACUUUAUCGAGUGACUACUUAUUACUGUAUUGUUAUUCUUUUGUUAUUUUGUAAUUGAUAACAUUGCACAGUUUCGUGAUGCAAUAAGUAUUUGAAAAUUGUGUCCGUUUGCAGCAAAACCUGUCUUAAUAUUGUUUGAACUGUAUAAAAUCUAAAAUAGAAAAUAUGCAUUUUGAACUUUCAAAUAUUGAGGUACAAGUCUUUAAUUUUAUUGUUUUGAAAAGUGGAGGGGCUUUGAUAGUACUUAAGGUACUUGUGUAAAAGACUAAAAUUUUUUUAUUUAUUCAGUUUUAUUUUAUUUAGUGGUGGCGCCAGAAAUAUUCCGGGAAGGGGUCUGACUUGUCCGAUCGAGGGGUCCGAGCCAAGGGGGUGGGGGGAACAAUGAAGCUUCGGUCGACGGCCCGGAAUGAAAACUUUGUUGUGGGAUUCACAGGGAGAGUUUUUAUUGCUUAGUAUGGUCCAAAAUGUGCUUUUAGUCCACAAAAUUAGGGAUUGGCAGUCAAAAUAACGUUAUUUAGAUAGGAAAAUUAUUAUUUUUGGUUUUUUUCGUUCCGACGACCUAGUUGUGCAUCAGACAAAAGGGAGUCCAUGGCCUGUGUCGGAUGGAGGGGAAAAUUCCCCCUCCCCACUGGUGCCACCACUGGUUAAACUAUGUUUAAAUGAAGUUCAGAUGUGUUUAAAAUGUUCCACUUCUGUGCUUGAAAAUUUAUUGUAAAUCGUGCACACUGCAACGCUUAAUGCUAAGGUAUGGUUUCAAUAGGGAAUGUUCACUGAAAUACAGAAUGUAUAUAUUCAUCAUGUACCGUACAUCGCUACAUAUUCGAAGAAUAUGUAGCUUGUAUAUAGAAUUUAGAGUAUUAAACAUUUUACUUUAAUUUCAUUAUAGACAUAUAUUAAAAUUAUCAUUUUCCUUUACUUAUACUAUUGUAGUACUGUAGUCAUAUUAUUGAUUCCAUAUCUUAUUACUACAAAUGCUAUGAAUGUGUUUCUAGGCCUAUUGUUAAUUUGUCUGUAUAAUUCUGUGGAUAUAAUUUCUAGCCCUAGACAGUGGUGUAACAAAGGUACCUGUGCCCACUGUGUAAUGCUUCUGUAGUUCGAACUACCAUGGGGGUUCGGUCCAGUUAGAGACCGUGAGGUGUACAGUGCGAACCUUCCCCUUCGGUGUUUUAGGAUAUAGGUUUUUGAUGGUUUUUCCUUAUUAAAAGGCCCUGUUCAGCUGAUUUGGGUCAAAAUGAAAAUUGCUGAUGAAUAUGCCAGAGCCCCUGGCUUUAACCAGUAAGAGGUCAUAGCUGUUGUGAUAAUGGUCCAGGACUAGCGAAUUAUAUUAUUGGGCUACAAAUUGCCUCGAAAACACUUGCCAAAUUGAUGGUAAAACUUCCAUCACCAAUCAGGCAAAUAACGAAAGCUGGUUACACAAUUUUGCAACCAGGGUGUUUUUAUUUACAACUUAAAGUACUAACGCAUCAACUUUUAGAUUUAUUUUAUUUUCUCAAGAAAUUCUAUUUUAGAUUUAAUUUACUAGAUUUAAGUGAAAAAGGAGAAACGAUUGGUAUUGGUGCACUGUUCUGCAAUUUAAUGAUGUUUUAAUUUGUUUUCCUGGUGUCAGUAUUAUCGAAUGUUAUUGUCAUGGUCGUUGUUAAACAACAAAAAAAAAACUUGCUAAAUAUUUGUGAUAUAAACCACUGAAUAUAAAUCACGUAUAAAAAUGUAUGCCAAAAUUAAUUUUGAUAUAUAUUAAAGAGUCAAAGGAAAUAAAUUUGAUAAUUGUU